AGCAUACAAUUCUGCCACUGAAAACCGCCUUAAACUUGCAACACACUCGGAACGAGUCGAAGGACCAGUUUCCCGGCGCAGACUUGGUGCGGCUCUGAUCAAGUUAUUCAAGAAUUUCAGCCUCUUGGCUUCCCUGAGAUGGGGUGGUUCGAUGGUUGGUUUGGGUCCAGCAGCGGCGACAGCGACCCGCUCUCAAAGCUCGAUCCCAAGCUCCGCGAGUUCCUGGAGCGAGAAUCUCCAGUCAAGUUCAACAAGCCCCCAACUGCUACCACAAGCCAAGAUGAACGCCACACGGUGACGGCAAGGCAGUCCACUGCAGAAGACCCUGCUACGGUGGCUCAGAAACCCGCGGGGGUUCCACCAGAGAGCCAGUACAAGGAUGGGCGGUAUGCAGACUUGUGGAAGAGCUAUCGGCCACUGGCCGCGGUCGAGGCCGAGACGAAGAGCGACCAUGAGAAGUUGAUGGAUGUUCUAGACGGCUACAAGGAGCGCAAAGCCCAGAUUGGGAGGGCAGCGCUGGAGAAUUGUGCCCUGGAGCAGUUGGACUGGAGCAACUGUAUGAAGAGCGGGGACUUGACUGCGAGGUUGACCAUGUGUCGGGCCGAAGUGAAGAAGUUUGAACGAUGUUACACUACUCAAUCGAGGUUGCUCAAGGCCUUGGGCUAUCUAUCAAACUACGACGGGCCGUCGGAAAUCAACGAGGAUAUCCAGAUGCACGCAGACUCUCUGUAUCACCGAAUGCUGGAACAGGAGGCGGCCAUUGAGGAGGCCAAGAAGGAAGGCAGGCCGGUACCGAAGCUCGAACCCAUGUUGAUGAAGUCGGCAGUGGCCGUGAAAAAGGAGGAGUUCGACAUCUCGAGCAUGAAUCCAGAGGCACAGAAGAAGUGGAAGGAACAUCUAGAGAAGCUUCCAGAGCAAGAUCGGCUGGCGGAGGAGCAAGCAAUGAAGGGAGAGCUGAAAGCCAAGGCCGAGUUGGCAUCGAAACUACAAGGUUUGUGGCAGGAACAGGCGAAGGAACGGGAGGCUCGGAAAUCAGAGGGCAAGGAGACGAUAUCAGACAAGGUUGCCAACCUGUUUGGGAGGAAAUAGUGGCCUUGCAAGAUAGAGACUUACGUACCUACCUGGUAGCUUGUUGCUUAGCUACCUACAGUAGGGACAGAUGUACUCACAAUAGCAUGCUGUAUAAGUAGGUGGGCCAACCCUCAAGCCUUGGGAUAUUAUUCAAACGAACAACUUUCAGUCCUUCACCCUCCAUCAUCCGUCCUACCUAUAUAAUAAGGAAUCAUGCUUAGAGCUAUCUGCCUGGGCACUUUAAAUCCAAAAUUUUGAUGCGGCUGGAGGAAGGAUGUACCCAGAGCAGGGGGUUUUACGACUUCAAAGCAAACGAAUUAAAAAUUGUUGGAUGCAGAAUCGGCCUCAAACAGGCGC